GCCUGCGCAGUGCGCGCGAGGGCGUGGCCGGGCCCGUUUCCUGGCAGCCCGCGAGGCCCGCGGGGGCGGAGCCGCUGAGCGCCGCUGCGAUGACGGAGGGCACGUGUCUGCGUCGCAGGGGGGGACCCUAUAAAACAGAACCUGCCACGGAUCUCAGCCGCUGGCGCCUCAGCAGUGAGGAGGGGCGGCAGAGCUGGACCUACCUGCCAGAGGGGGCCCCCGGCCGGGGGCAGACGGGCCUGGAAGCCCACUCUCUGGGCCUCGACACCAAGAAUUUCUUUCCGGACUUGCCCGAGGCCCACACAGCCCGAGAGGGGGCGCUGAACGGGAUGACGUUUUACGCAGGGCUGCAGGCUGAGGAUGGGCACUGGGCGGGGGACUACGGUGGUCCUCUCUUCCUCCUGCCAGGCCUCCUGAUCGCCUGUCACGUGGCGCACAUCCCUCUGCCGGCCGGGUACCGAGAAGAGAUGGUGCGCUACCUGCGGUCCGUGCAGCUCCCCGACGGCGGCUGGGGCCUGCACACGGAGGACAAGUCCACAGUGUUCGGGACGGCGCUUAACUACGUGGCUCUGAGGAUCCUGGGCGCAGGGCCUGACGACCCUGACCUGGUGCGAGCCCGGAAUCUUCUCCACCAGAAAGGCGGAGCUGCGCUCAUCCCCUCCUGGGGCAAGUUCUGGCUGGCCGUGCUGAACGUGUACAGCUGGGAGGGCCUCAACACCCUGGUCCCGGAGAUGUGGCUGCUCCCCACCUGGAUGCCCGUGCACCCCUCCAAGCUCUGGUGCCACUGCCGCCAGGUCUACCUGCCCAUGAGCUUCUGCUACGCCACCCGGCUCCGCGCCACGGAGGACGAGCUGGUGCAGAGCCUGCGCCAGGAGCUGUAUGUGGAAGACUAUGCCAGCAUCGACUGGCCGGCGCAGCGGGACCGCGUGGCGCCCGGAGACAUGUACACGCCGCACAGCUGGCUGCUCCGGGCUGCCUAUGUGCUCCUCAACCUGUAUGAGCGGCACCACAGCGCCCGUCUGCGGCAGCGGGCCGUCCAGGAGGUGUACGAGCACGUCUCCGCGGACGACCGCUUCUCCAGGAGCAUCAGCAUCGGGCCGAUCUCCAAGACCAUCAACAUGCUGGUGCGGUGGUCCGUGGACGGCCCGGCCUCCGCCGCCUUCGGGGAGCACGUCUCCCGCAUCCCUGACUACCUCUGGCUGGGCCUCGACGGCAUGAAGAUGCAGGAUCUAAAGAAACUCCUUGUAACCCAGGCCCACGCAUGUCACAUGCACAUGCUCUGCCUCCAGGCCCAUGGGGUGUGGGGGUGCAUGUGGUCAACUGCAGCCCCUGCGUCCCCUAACCCACCCCACAUGCAGGGCACCAACGGCUCUCAGGUCUGGGAUACUGCAUUUGCCAUCCAAGCUUUCCUGGAGGCAGGAGCACACCUCAGGCCCGAGUUCUCAUCCUGUCUGCAGCAGGCACACGCCUUUCUGCGCAUCUCACAGGUUCCAGACAACGUUCCUGAUUUCCAGAAGUUCUACCGCCAGAGGAGCAAGGGUGCCUUCCCCUUCAGCACGCGGGACUGCGGCUGGAUCGUGGCCGACUGCACUGCUGAGGCCCUGAAGGCCGUGCUGCUCCUGCAGCAGCUGUGCCCCUUCGUCCCUGAGCACAUCCCCCGGGAGCGGCUGUGUGACGCGGUGGCUGUGCUGCUGGACAUGAGGAACGCCGACGGGGGGUUCGCCACCUACGAGACCCGGCGUGGGGGGCACCUGCUGGAGCUGCUGAACCCCUCAGAAGUCUUUGGGGACAUCAUGAUCGACUACACCUACGUGGAGUGCACGUCGUCCGUGAUGCAGGCGCUGGCGCACUUCGGCGAGCAGUUCCCGGACCACCGGACGGGGGAGGUCAGGGAGACCCUCCGCCGGGGCCUGCAGUACUGUCGGCAGAAGCAGAGAGCAGACGGCUCCUGGGAAGGCUCCUGGGGUGUCUGCUUCACAUACGGAACCUGGUUUGGGCUAGAAGCUUUCGCCUGCAUGGGGCAGGUUUACCACAACGGGGCCGCCUGUGAGGAGGUGUCCCGGGCCUGUGGCUUCCUGCUGUCCCGACAGAUGGAGGACGGUGGCUGGGGCGAGGACUUCGAGUCCUGCGAGCAGAGGCGCUACGUGCAGAGCAGCAAGUCCCAGAUCCACAACACGUGCUGGGCCCUGAUGGGGCUGAUGGCUGUCAGGCACCCCGAUGUUGAGGCCUUAGAGAGGGGCGUCCGGUGUCUGCUCAGGAAGCAGCUCCCCAAUGGUGACUGGCCCCAGGAAAACCUCUCCGGGGUCUUCAACAAAUCCUGCGCCAUCAGCUACACGAGCUACAGAAACGUCUACCCCAUCUGGACCCUGGGCCGGUUCUCCCACCUGCACCCCGAGAGCACCCUCGCCGGCCAUGUCUGAGCCCCUGUGGCCGGCCGGUGGGCGGGAGGGGGCGCGGGCCUGGGGCCCGUGGGCUGUGGGGGCCGCGUCAUCCCGGGGCGGUCGGAGGGUCUCUGCCAGGCUUGGGGGGCCUCCCCAUGCCCCUCGCCGUCUGCUGCAGGUAGUGUGGGUCUAGUUCAGGGCUGAGGAAGGGAAGGACUCGAGGGAGCGCGGCUGGAAGGGCCAGCGUGCCCUGCGCUCAGGGGAGGAGCGUGGCUGUGCCCAAGGGUCUCGGCGCGUCCGUGGGUGGCGGGAGCGGAGCCGCACAGUCUCCUGGGGGGAGGACAUGGAUCCAGCUCCAUGGAGGGGUCAGCGCACGUUUUGGGGCGAGGCCCCCUGGGUUUCUGCGUGUCUGGUGUGGCGCACACCGGGUUCCGAGUGGGGUCAGACCUACCUGCCUCGCCCUCAGCUUCCCAGGGGCAGCUUCCCCUGGCGAGGACCAGCCCUGCGCCCACCUCAUGCCCGCUGCCCGUCCCCCCAGCCUUGGCCCUCCUCGGGCCCCCCAGCCUGCUGCCUCCUCCUGGCCAUAGCCCACUCCCCUGCAGACCAGUCGGAAAGCCACUGGCCCCCUCGUUCCUGCCCAGGGGGACGGCCCACAGCCUUGCCCGCCUGCCCAGCCCCCCACGGCCCCCGACCUGUCCUCGGCUGAGCUCCCCCUCCUCCUCCUGCCCCUGCAGGGGCUGUGGCAGGUGACAGCAGGCACCCAUCGGCUGCAAACACCAGUUCCCAGGCAUUUUGAAAUCAGGGUUUCUUUCGGUGGAAGGAACUGUGUUGGUUUCCCUGCACCCGCCUUGUGGCCACGUUGGCCUGCGGCUGGGGCAGCAGAGGGUGCUGAACCCCUGGGGUCCCCAGCCAUGACCAUAUCAGUGUACAAAACCCUCUCCAGAAACAAAAGGUCCUUUCACGUUUCCUCCGGAGCUGCUGGUCGAAACAUGUUGGAAGUCACUGCGGUGACCAGUGCCUUAGCAGGUGGCUCCGUCCCCCGUGCUGUGCCCGGCUCGGCCUCGGCCUGGGGUCCUCCCGGGGUCCUCAGCUCACCCUGAUGUGGCUGCUGUGCUGCAUCUCAGGGAGCGCGAGGCCGAGUGCACUCAGCAGAGGGGAAGCAUCUGCCCCGACAUGACCAAACCCAGGCUCUCCGUCCUGGGGACACCGUUAAAGAUUCUUGAAUUGAAGUUACUGUUCUCACGAGCCAGAUCGGGUUUCUGUCCGUAAGCUUUGCCCCUUUCCUUUGCGGAACUCUCUCCACUGGAACUGUCUGAUUCUCUCUGGAAAUCUAUCGCUAUGAAAACAGUGACUUCCUUCCCUGGAACAAGAUGGUGUUGCUGUGUGGAUUAAAUGUCAGACAAUAAACACUUCGUGUGGGUUAACACGGA